GGCGCCGAGGGCACAAAGGAGGGGGGCGCGAAUGAGCCAAGGAGAGGCGGGACUGGACACAUGGACAGGGGGGAGGAGCCGGGGCUGAGGCCGCGGAGGGGGGCACCCCGGUGGGCGGAGGAGGGGGGAUCCCCACGGGGUCCGGGCGGCGAGAGGACACCCCGACAGCCUCCGCAAUGUCCGGGGCCCAACUUCCAGCGCAACAUGUGUAGCGGCGGCGUCCUCGCCUAGGCGCCCGGUCGGGGUGGCCGCAACCUUGGGGGACAGACAGGGCAGGACGGACCUGGGAAGAGCGAGAGCCGAGCCAGGGACGAGCCGAGGUGCCCGCCGCCCGCCGCCGCCGCCGCCGCCGCCGCCGCCGCCCCGGGGCCUGCCCCCCGCGGCUCCCGAGCCCUCCGCGGAAUCUGCGGGUCGCUGGACUCCGGGUUCCGGUCUUAGCCCCCCGCAUUCCCCCCGACAGAACAGGGUCAUGAAAAGAGGCCGCCCGGCGGGGCCCGCAGGCGAUGCGCGGAGCCGGUGGCCCCGGCGGCCCUCGGGGCCCCGCUAAGAUGCUGCUGCUGCUGGCGCUGGCCUGCGCCAGCCCGUUCCCGGAGGAGGCGCCGGGGCCGGGCGGGGCCGCCGGGCCCGGCGGGGGCGCCGGCGGGGCGCGGCCGCUCAACGUGGCGCUCGUGUUCUCGGGCCCCGCGUACGCUACGGAGGCGGCCCGCCUGGGCCCGGCGGUGGCGGCGGCCGUGCGCAGCCCGGGCCUGGACGUGCGGCCGGUGGCGCUGGUGCUCAACGGCUCGGACCCGCGCAGCCUCGUGCUGCAGCUCUGCGACCUGCUGUCGGGGCUGCGCGUGCACGGCGUCGUCUUCGAGGACGACUCCCGCGCGCCCGCCGUCGCGCCCAUCCUCGACUUCCUCUCGGCGCAGACCUCGCUGCCCAUCGUGGCCGUGCACGGCGGCGCCGCGCUCGUGCUCACGCCCAAGGAGAAGGGCUCCACCUUCCUGCAGCUGGGCUCCUCCACAGAGCAGCAGCUCCAGGUCAUCUUCGAGGUGCUGGAGGAAUACGACUGGACGUCCUUCGUAGCCGUGACCACACGUGCCCCUGGCCACCGCGCCUUCCUAUCCUACAUCGAGGUGCUGACCGAUGGCAGCCUGGUGGGCUGGGAGCACCGCGGGGCGCUGACGCUGGACCCCGGGGCGGGUGAGGCCGUGCUGAGCGCCCAGCUCCGCAGCCUCAGCGCACAGAUCCGCCUGCUCUUCUGUGCCCGCGAGGAGGCCGAGCCUGUGUUCCGGGCAGCCGAGGAAGCUGGCCUCACGGGGCCUGGCUACGUCUGGUUCAUAGUGGGGCCCCAGCUGGCCGGAGGUGGGGGCUCCGGCGGCCCUGGAGAGCCCCUCCUUCUGCCAGGAGGCACCCCGCUGCCUGCCGGGCUGUUUGCAGUGCGCUCUGCUGGCUGGAGGGAUGACCUGGCCCGGCGGGUGGCAGCUGGCGUGGCCGUGGUGGCCAGAGGUGCCCAGGCCCUGCUGCGUGACUAUGGCUUCCUGCCCGAGCUCGGCCAUGACUGUCGUGCCCAGAACCGGACCCAUCGAGGGGAGAGUCUGCAUAGGUACUUCAUGAAUAUUACCUGGGACAACCGGGAUUACUCCUUCAAUGAGGAUGGCUUCCUGGUGAACCCCUCCCUGGUGGUCAUCUCCCUCACCAGGGACAGGACCUGGGAGGUGGUGGGCAGCUGGGAGCAGCAGACGCUGCGCCUCAAGUACCCGCUGUGGUCCCGCUACGGCCGCUUCCUGCAGCCGGUGGAUGACACGCAGCACCUGACGGUGGCCACGCUGGAGGAGAGGCCCUUCGUCAUUGUGGAGCCGGCCGACCCCAUCAGCGGCACCUGCAUCCGAGACUCGGUGCCCUGCCGGAGCCAGCUCAACCGCACCCACAGCCCUCCGCCGGACGCCCCCCGCCCGGAAAAGCGGUGUUGCAAGGGCUUCUGCAUCGACAUUCUGAAGCGGCUGGCGCAGACCAUCGGCUUCAGCUACGACCUCUACCUGGUCACGAACGGCAAGCACGGGAAGAAGAUCGACGGCGUCUGGAACGGCAUGAUCGGGGAGGUGUUCUACCAGCGCGCGGACAUGGCCAUCGGCUCCCUCACCAUAAACGAGGAGCGCUCCGAGAUCGUGGACUUCUCCGUCCCCUUCGUGGAGACGGGCAUCAGCGUGAUGGUGGCGCGUAGCAACGGCACUGUGUCCCCCUCGGCCUUCCUCGAGCCCUACAGCCCCGCUGUGUGGGUGAUGAUGUUCGUCAUGUGCCUCACCGUGGUCGCUGUCACUGUUUUCAUCUUCGAGUACCUCAGUCCUGUCGGUUACAACCGCAGCUUGGCUACCGGCAAGCGCCCUGGUGGCUCAACCUUCACCAUUGGAAAAUCCAUCUGGCUGCUCUGGGCCCUGGUGUUCAAUAACUCAGUGCCUGUGGAGAACCCCCGGGGCACGACCAGCAAAAUCAUGGUGCUGGUGUGGGCCUUCUUCGCCGUCAUCUUCCUCGCCAGCUACACAGCCAACCUGGCCGCCUUCAUGAUCCAGGAGGAGUACGUGGACACCGUGUCUGGGCUCAGUGACCGGAAGUUCCAGCGGCCCCAGGAGCAGUACCCGCCCCUGAAGUUCGGGACGGUGCCCAACGGGUCCACGGAGAAGAACAUCCGCAGCAACUACCCCGACAUGCACAGCUACAUGGUGCGCUACAACCAGCCCCGCGUGGAGGAAGCGCUCACGCAUCUCAAGGCAGGGAAGCUGGACGCCUUCAUCUAUGACGCGGCUGUGCUCAACUACAUGGCCCGCAAGGAUGAGGGCUGCAAGCUGGUCACCAUCGGCUCCGGCAAGGUCUUCGCCACCACGGGCUACGGCAUCGCCCUGCACAAGGGCUCCCGCUGGAAGCGGCCCAUCGACCUGGCGCUCCUGCAGUUCCUGGGGGACGAUGAGAUCGAGAUGCUUGAGCGGCUGUGGCUCUCCGGGAUCUGCCACAACGACAAGAUCGAGGUGAUGAGCAGCAAGCUGGACAUCGACAACAUGGCAGGCGUCUUCUACAUGCUGCUGGUGGCCAUGGGCCUGUCCCUUCUGGUGUUCGCCUGGGAGCACCUGGUGUACUGGCGGCUGCGGCACUGCCUGGGGCCCACCCACCGAAUGGACUUCCUGCUGGCCUUCUCCAGGGGCAUGUACAGCUGCUGCAGCGCCGAAGCCGCCCCGCCGCCCGCCAAGCCGCCGCCGCCGCCGCCGCCGCAGCCGCUGCCCAGCCCCGUGUACCCGGCCCCGCGCCCCGCGCCCGGCCCCGCGCCCUUCCUGCCCCGCGAGCGCGCGGCGGUGGACCGCUGGCGCCGCGCCAAAGCCGCGGGGCCGCCGGGGGCCGCGGGCCUGGCCGACGGCUUCCACCGCUACUACGGCCCCAUCGAGCCGCAGGGUCUGGGCGUGAGCGAGGCGCGCACGGCGCCCCGGGGCGCGGGGGGCCGCCCGCUGUCCCCGCCGGCCGCGCAGCCCCCGCAGAAGCCGCCGCCCUCCUACUUCGCCAUCGUGCGGGACAAGGAGCCCGCCGAGCCCGCCGCCGGCGCCUACCCCGGCUUCCCGUCCCCGCCCGCGCCCCCCUCCGCCGCCGCGGCCGCCGCCGUCGGGCCGCCGCUGUGCCGCCUGGCCUACGAGGACGAGAGCCCGCCGGCGCCCGCGCGCUGGCCGCGCUCCGACCCCGAGAGCCAGCCGCUGCUGGGGCCCGGCGGGGGCGGCGCGGGGGGCGCGGGCGGCGCGGGCGGCGGGGCUCCGGCGGCGCCCCCCCCGCGCCGCGCCGCACCGCCCCCGUGCCCGUACCUCGACCUGGAGCCGUCGCCGUCGGACUCGGAGGACUCGGAGAGCCUGGGCGGCGCGUCGCUGGGCGGCCUGGAGCCCUGGUGGUACGCCGACUUCCCCUACCCGUACGCCGAGCGCCUCGGGCCGCCGCCCGGCCGCUACUGGUCGGUCGACAAGCUCGGGGGCUGGCGCGCCGGCAGCUGGGACUACCUGCCCCCGCGCGGCGGCCCGGCCGCCUGGCACUGCCGCCACUGCGCCAGCCUGGAGCUGCUGCCUCCGCGCCAUCUCAGCUGCUCGCACGACGGGCUGGACGGCGGCUGGUGGGCGCCGCCGCCCCCGCCUUGGGCCGCGGGACCCCCGCCGCGGCGCCGGGCCCGCUGCGGGUGCCCGCGGGCGCACACUCACCGCCCGCGCGCCUCGCACCGCGUGCCCGCGCCCCCCGCCCCGCACCACCACCGGCACCGGCGCGCCGCUGGGGGCUGGGACCUCCCGCCGCCCGCGCCCACCUCUCGCUCGCUCGAGGACCUCAGCUCGUGCCCCCGCGUCGCCCCCGCGCGCCGGCUCACCGGGCCCUCCCGUCACGCGCGCCGGUGCAUGCACGCGGCGCACUGGGGGCCGCCGCUGCCCGCCGCGUCCCACCGGAGACACCGGGGCGGGGACCUGGGGACCCGCCGGGGCUCGGCGCACUUCUCCAGCCUCGAGUCCGAGGUAUGACGCGGCCCCGGGGGCCCGCCCGCCCCCUCGGUCAGCGCAGGCCACGGCCCGAGGGGGCGCGCGCAGUGGAGAGGACCCGCGUGGGAUGGGAAAGAGAAAGGUGGCACUGGCCGGACCCCGCCUGGAGCAGCGCCCUGUGCCCCUUCGUUUUCGGGGCACCGUGAGCCGGAGGGGAUUUGGUCUCCGGAAUCUCACCCCGCUUGGGAGCGGGGGGGGGGGGGGGGCGCAGAGGUCUCGGAGCCCACUGGACAUUUUUUAAAACCCGACAAGGGCUUUUUAACGUCACCAGAUGGGGCGGGAGGUGGGGGGGUCGCGCCACGCCCGCGCCCCACCCCCACGCCCGGGGCCGUGGCCCCCACAUCACUGUGCAGCUCCCCGGCCCCGGCCACGCCUCCGGGGAAGCCCGUUUUUAACCUUCCAUCCAUUGGGACUCAAAACUGUGAGACGCAUUCGCCAAACUGUGACCCUCCUAGACCUUGGCCCCGCCAUACAGAAACCCCUGACCCCAGACUGUGACUUCCGACCCCUACCAAUGGUCAUCCGACCCCAGACUGUGACCUCUGACCCGAAACUGUGACCCGAACCCCAGACUGUGCCCCGACCAGACUGUGCCCCUUGACGUCAAACCGGGACACCCCCCCCCCUCCUUUUCCACCCCGGGUCACAUUUCCCUAUUUUGACUUAGGACACACCCCCAACGGAAGCCUCGCCUCCCCCGCCCCGCUCCGCCCCCCAGCGUUGAUCCCACCCUUUAGGGGCCAAAACCUCCCAUCCAGUCGCACCUCACUACCUACCCCAGGUGCCACCAAACACACCCUCUCCAAACCUCACCCUUACCUGUGACCCUUCAGUGAUGACCCGGCAGACCCCCCAAAGCCUCCUCUUCCCAGAUCUCCAGCCGGGUCUGGAGCUGGGUUGUGGAGGGGAGGGUCUGGGAGUCCACACUCUCCACCCACCUUCCUUCCCUCUCUCCUGGUCCACCUUGCAGUGUUUGGAAUAAACCAUGUUUU